GACGUCAUCAGCUGGCGCCGAUCAACGGAAACGUGCGUCGCAGGAACGAAGCUGGAAAAGUUAACAACAACAACAAAUUAACUUUAAGAUAAAAUAUAGAGCAAGUUAAACGUUCGAGACGCUAUGGAUGACGAAGAGGAAACAUACCGGCUGUGGAAGAUUCGUAAAACCAUCAUGCAGCUGUGCCACGACAGAGGCUACCUGGUGACACAGGACGAGUUGGACCAGACGCUGGAUGAGUUCAAGAGUCAGUUUGGAGACAAGCCCAGCGAGGGUCGCCCCAGACGCACAGACCUCACUGUGCUGGUGGCUCACAACGACGACCCCACCGACCAGAUGUUUGUUUUCUUUCCUGAGGAGCCAAAGGUGGGAAUCAAGACGAUCAAGAUGUACUGUCAGAGGAUGCAGGAGGAGAACAUCACACGAGCCAUCAUUGUUGUUCAGAUGGGCAUGACACCGUCAGCCAAACAGUCUCUCGUUGACAUGGCACCCAAAUACAUAUUGGAACAGUUUCUACAACAGGAGCUGCUCAUUAACAUCACAGAGCACGAGCUUGUUCCAGAGCACAUCGUUAUGACAAAAGAGGAAGUUGUUGAACUUCUGGGAAGAUAUAAAUUAAAGGAAAGUCAGUUGCCGAGGAUCCAGGCUGGAGACCCCGUGGCUCGCUACUUUGGCUUGAAAAGAGGACAGGUGGUAAAGAUCAUCCGACCCAGUGAAACAGCUGGGAGGUACAUCACGUACAGACUGGUGCAGUGACAGACAGAUUUUUUUUUUUCCUUUUUGGAGCACCAGUGAGACGUCAUUCAUCCGUGGAUUUUCCUUCUGCUUUUCACUUGUUUAAAUUGUAGUUUUUAUUUGUAAUUACCGAUUUUGUAAAAUAAACUAUUCAAAAUGUCA